CAUGUAUUAAUAGUUGUUAAUACUCAAUAGAAAGCAGUUACGUAUUCAAAUAACAUAGUAUACGAAAUUAAAAUGUGCAAAUUUAUAAACACACAUGUAUACGUAUGUACGAAGGUAAUUUUAACAUCGCAAGCGCUAUUCGUUCACUAUUGCCUUUUGUUCUCUUCAGCAUUCUGCUGUUUUUGCUCUUCGUAUUCACACGUCUCGUUUGUUUAGAUAUAUCUAUUUAUACAUAUACAUAUAUAUAUAUAUGUACAUAUAKAGGUGCUUGUUAUCCAUACAUAGAAAUGUUUGCAUGUGUUUACGUGUCUAACGUCUAUUCAAUCGAUUGUUCUCAUCGCCGCUAUUCCAAACAGCUUUUACUUGUUGGCCUUUCUGUUAUGUGUUCGCCUUCGACAACUGGCUAUCGCACGGACCACAUUUCAACGCAACUGCUAGCGAAUUGACACCCUUGCAGUAGUUUUUUGUAUAAAAUCGCGUUUACGUCCAGCGGAUGUGUUAAUAAACUUCUUAAAACAAUCGUGUUUAACAACCGCAAAAAAUAGUUUGCCAAGAAAUAAGUGUGAAACAAAUUAAAUUGUUAAAAGAAAUAACGCAAAAUAAUCAAAAAUAGAACAAAGGAGAAAGGAAAACGGAAAACGGAACAUAUUAAUUAAACCAUUAAAACUGAUUUAAUGCGGAAAGAUAAUUGGAAAAUGUCCUCGGUGGCGCAUUGUGAAGACAGCGAAUCUUUAAACUAUGAAGAGCUCAAUGUCAUUGGCACAGGAGCCUAUGGAACUGUAUAUCGUGCAAAAGAUAAUCAAUCAGGAAAAAUUGUCGCUAUCAAAAAAGUUCGCAUACCAAUAACGGACAAUGGAGUUCCCAUGUCAACACUACGAGAGAUUGCUUUGCUGAAACAUUUAAAUGCCUCAGAUCAUCCAAAUAUUGUUAAACUAUUUGAAGUGUGCCAAGUUCUUGAACGUGAGGAUCAGUUGAUGGUACUUUUAGUUUUUGAACAUUUGGAACAAGAUCUGUCUGAUUUGAUUGAACGUCUUCCAAAAUCGGGAAUGCCACCAAUUACAAUACAGCGCUUAUCAUGUGAACUAUUGACCGGGGUGGACUUUUUGCACUCCCAUCGAAUUAUUCACCGUGACUUAAAACCACAAAACUUACUAAUUUCAUCGCAAGGGCAUCUGAAAAUUGCAGAUUUUGGAUUGGCAAAAACAUAUGAUUUUGAAAUGAAACUAACAUCCGUAGUGGUGACACUUUGGUAUCGUGCACCUGAAGUCCUGUUGGCCCAAUCGUACAAUAGUUCGGUUGACAUUUGGAGUGUUGCUUGUAUCAUAGCUGAAAUGUUUUCACGCAAGGCUCUAUUCCCAGGCACAUCAGAAGCUAAUCAAUUGGAUAGAGUUUUUGAGUUAACUGGACGUCCCACAUCUCAACAGUGGCCCCAAUCAAUUUCGCUUUCAAGAGAACAUUUUCCACCCCGUCUUCCAAAACAACCAAAAGAGUUGUGUUCAAAUUUAUGUGAUUAUUCCAAUGAUCUAUUAAGUCAAAUGUUAUCAUACGAUUUUCGAUCACGACCCUCUGCAUUGGCAUGCUUAAAGCACGAGUACUUUAAACAGGAACCCAUUUAACAAUUUUCCCCGGUUAAUAUUAUUGUAAAUUUUAUAUAAUCUUUUUCAUAAAUUGUUAUAUUUUUCGUUAGCGAUUAUAGGAUUUUAUAAUUAGAACGUAAUUGUAAGAAAAAUUUAMACUUAUUUUAUAUUUAGAUAUUCUAUUAUAUACUACAUACAACUGAUGAAAUUGCAUCAUAUAUACAUAUAUGGUUUGAAAAAGUAACCUUAAUCUCAAAAACCUGUAAUUUAGAAAUAAUUUAUGAAAAUUCUUUGGUACCUAUUUCUUUUUUUUUUAAUUUUUGGGAAUAAUUAUCAAACCUAAAAGUGUUCACUUUUGUCCAAAAAGGUGUGUUGCAAUCAUUCAGCGUUUAGAAUAAAAAUAAUACCUUACUAAGAAGAUAAUAACAGCGUUACAACUCAAAAUUUAGGUAGCUAUGAAUUGUGCAAAGCUGGUACUAAAUUAUCUGCAAUC